AUGGAGGACAGGUCACUUCUAGAGGACUUUGGAGGAGAAAUUCAUAGGAACUUUGACAAUGCUAAUGGAUCGUAUCCACUUGAUUUGGCGGGUGGCCUCUCUUCAUCGCUCAUCAACGGUCAUCAACCAAAUAUUGUAGUGGUAAAUCAAACAGGAGAAGCACCCGGUACAAACAAUAUCCAGCUGGCAAAUAAUUCUGUGUCCUCUCCGUUUGAUGGUACCAUGCCACCAAAUAUAGUGGCAGGACAGUCAUCGAUGUUUUAUGAUGUGCUGCCACAUCAGCAACCGCACUUUCUAGACAUUUUUGCUCAGAUCCCCACCAUCUUGCCACAUCAAACGUCUAUGCAGCAAGGACAGCUACCUGUAUCGUCAAUGCACGGUGCACCUCCACGAGCUAUAUCUAAAGCUACUACGGCAAGAAGGAAGUCAAGUAUUGGAACGGUGCCGGUCAGCCAAAGUAAUAAUUCACUUCCCAGUAGUAGUAUCAUCUCUAGCAGUCCGACUCUUCAUGCAAUAACACGGACACCACCCAAGCCUCCGUCAUUAGAUUUACAUCACCAGCCUAUUACACCACAAACUUACAAUUAUAACUAUAAUAUCGUACCGCAAAUACAGCAGCAACAGCAGCCCCACAAUCCUAGACAUCCAGCCGCUCAGGCACUCGUAGAAGGCUACUCAUUCGUCCAACAUCCUCAUCACGCACAUCAUAUACCAAACGGUUUCUUGUCUACAAAUGGUGGACUUCUGCAUCAAUCAUCUGCCGAACGACCACCGCCCGUGCCUCAGUAUUCUAAUAGUACAGCAGUUAAAGGCAAAUCCACAAAGAAACGUCAUCCAGCUGCUCAAGCUCUUGUUGAAGGAUAUGAGCCCUUGUCUGCUGAACGAUGGGAUCAGACGCUCGAUAUUAUUAGUGGAAAUAUUAAGCCUCGGCCGCAAAAGGCACGCAAGAUUAAUUAUGGGAGACAGGUUGCUGCUGAAGCUAAAGAGGCUGAGAUGGUCGAGUCUGCCAGAUUGGCAGAAGCAAAUGCCAACGCCGGACCCCAAAAGACACGAGCAGUGCCAAACUCAAUUGGUGUACAGCGUCGUCGAAACUGUACAGUAGAAAUUACAAAGACGAUUCUACGAAACUUGGAAGAUUUGAUUCGUCAACAAGCAGAAUCUCUAGCUGCAGCUGGCUUCAAAAUGUCGAAUACGGAUGAGAAGGCCAUACGCCGUGAUGUAUUAGCCGAAUUAACAGAUCGAUUCCGCAUUGAACGACCAAUACUGGAGAAACCUGUCGAUGGAAUAUCAUCCUUACCUCGUAAUCGCAAUUACAGUAAUUUCAACUCUACGGUCAUGUUACAACAACCGCAAAUGUGGCCUGCUCAUCCUGGCCAAAAUUUCAUUCAGCCACCAUUUAUUCAACCACCGCAUGAUUCGAUUAUGGCUGAUAUGGUUGAUAGCCCACUACCAAUGGAUUUAAGAAUGACUACACCGAUAGAUGGUAUAGAUUUGCUAGAUGCUAUUGAGGACGGCAGUGAGUACUUUAAAUUCGAAGAAGAUUACGAUGUGAUGAUACCCAAUAUUCCAUACCCAAUGACCAACUACCUGUCAUAUCGGGACACAAACACAUAUGCAUCAUCUGAGUCGUCAAACCACUCUUCAGCCGCACCAACUACAUUAGCUUCGCCAACUCCAUCUAUAUCACAGGGUAGUAGUAGAACAGAAUUGAAUGACGUUACUAGCGGUGCUGAAUCCGAAGAGGAGGGUAUAUCUGCUCAAGAGGUCGGACAAACUCCUGGUGAAGCUCUAGCUGGAGAAUUGUUACGGUGGUUGGAUUCUAUGGCUGGCGAACAGGAUUCGCCGGUAAAGCAUCGUUUGAUCACGUCUAUGGUCGAAUCGUAUCCAACACAAGAGUUGAGAGCGUUGGCUAAACGACUUGGUCUUGUUCGUGUACAGUGGCAUUUUUGUACUGUGCAGGGGUGUUAUAAGACAUUUACGGAAACAACCCAAUUGAAUCGCCACAUCAAAGAAGGCCAUACCAUAAGACUGUAUUGUACCGUACCCAACUGCUUCAAAGCCUUCACAUCUCAGGAAAAGCUAAACAUUCAUAGAGUAUCACAGCAUCCCGAACCAUCUAUAUGUACAUUUGAAGGAUGUGGCAAAUCCUUCCCUAAACUGGUAUCACUUAAAGCCCACAUGACGACUCAACACGCAGCUACAAAACCAUUCACAUGUCCCAUAGAAGGAUGCGGUAAAGCCUUUUAUCGAAAGGACAAUAUGCAGACCCAUGUUAGGAACUCACAUCCACAGCCAGGAGAUGUGGAAGCUAAAGAAAAAGCGGCAGCUGAGGCAGCUGCUAGCAAUAGUAACAAUGAUUCAGCUGCUGCAAAGCACAAGAACUGGACUAGAGGUAUGCCGCUGCUGCCUAGGCCUCCUGAUUUGAUGCGGGAUUUGAUGCAGUCAGUACGAGUAAGAGCUGCUAGUAUGUCUAUAGCUGCUCCUGGAUCUAGUAUAGGUACACCGCCACCAAGUAUGCCGUUAGUGCUUGAUGCUACGGCUAGAAUACCUCAGUAUACGCUUCCGCUUGACGCUCAUAGCUUUGGAUUGCCGACGUCAGCAACAGCAGGAUUGACGACAGAGACAACGACAGAUCCUACAUUUUUGGAGAGUAUAGACCUGUUUGCUCCGACUUUGAUGGAUUUGGACAAGCAUCAUUAA